UUUUUACAUUUGAGAACACUGCCUCUCUUGUUUUUUGACCUUCUGAUUGGUCUGUCAAAUUGUAUGCAAUAUAUUAUUGGGGAGACUAAUAACCCAUGUGUAGGCAUGCAGCAGAGAGAGCUGUAAUGAUUAGCUGAGAUAAACGCACGCUAUCUUCUUAGCCUGUUAGCUGUUCAAUUAGCCACAGAGGAGACACAAUGGAUUACGCUUUUAGGAAAACAUCCUCUUAAUAAUUACUCAGCAAAUGUCAAUCAGUGUUGAAAUGAAUGUGGUAAGAUGAAGAAAACACUGUGUGCAUCUGCAAGAAGACUGUGAGAGAAAGAUGCAUGUGUGUGAGAGAGAAGUCAGACACCAACCCUUUACCCUCCCACUCCCAUUCAACCGGUCAAAGAUUGACUUUUUCCCUGCCCUGUUGCCCCUGUUGUUUCUUUCCAUAUUGCCCAAGCCAGAGCUCAGCAAAUACACAGACAUCACACUUCACACAAGGCACACUCUGCUCUGGCCCACCCCGUGUUUAUUCAACCUAUCAGAACCAUCUUAACGUGAUUAGAGACUUCCCCUCUUUUUUGGUGUGGAGAGAGAGGAGAACAUAAGGUUUACUCCAUGACUGUAGGCAUACUAGACUAGACUCGGUCUACUGUGAGAGCACGUUCUGGACUCUCUUCUGCCAGCAGAACACUGACUCUUGAGUUUAGGGAGCUUGGCUGAAAACCCAGUCACCCCAUGGGUUCCCUGUUGCCAGACAACAUGGAGGACAGCAAAUCAUCUGUAAUAGGACCCUUGGAGAGGAGAGUCCGGCGACGCAGAGGCCCUUUGGAGGUGAUAAAGUCCAAAGUGAACCGUAGCCUAACCUGCUCCGUGCCCAGGUUGAAGGGCGCCCUGACUGGACUCUUCCCCGUGGUGCAGUGGCUGCCAAAAUACAAGCUGAAAGAGUAUGUGUGGGGUGAUGUCAUGUCUGGCCUUAUCGUGGGCAUCAUUCUCGUCCCUCAAGCGAUCGCCUACUGCCUGCUGGCAGGCCUGGAGCCCGUCUAUGGCUUGUACACGUCGUUUUUUGCGAACAUUAUCUAUUUCCUGAUGGGCACCUCCAGGCACGUGUCAGUGGGCAUCUUCAGCCUGAUGAGCCUCAUGGUCGGCCAGGUGGUAAACAGAGAGGUCUACCUGGCUGGCUUUGAUCUGGAUGAGGACACUAAGCAGGGACCAGCCAGCGGGGGAGCACUGAACUUCACAGAGGAGUCCUUCGGUGCUGUUAUGAACGUCUCAAUCAAAGUGUUGGACAUGGAGUGUGGGAAAGAAUGCUAUGCCAUCGGGAUUGCUACUGCACUAACAUUCCUUGCUGGGAUUUAUCAGGUGUUGAUGGCUGUGUUAAGGCUGGGGGUUGUCUCAGUCUACCUCUCUGGACCAAUGCUUGACGGCUUCGCCACUGGUGCCUCGUGUACAAUCCUCACUGUCCAGGCCAAGUAUCUUCUGGGACUGAAGAUCCCUCGUUACCAAGGCUACGGCACUGUAGUGGUUACCUGGAUCAACAUCUUCAAGAACAUCCAGAACACCAACUUCUGUGACAUGAUAACAAGUGCAAUUUGCAUCAGCAUCCUGGUGGCUGGCAAGGAGCUCCAAGAGCGCUACAAGGAUCGCCUGAAGAUACCAAUUCCCACAGAGCUGGUGGUGGUCGCAGGUGCGACCAUAGCAUCCCAUUUUGCUGACUUCCAUGGAAGUUACAGCUCCAGCAUUUCCGGGGCAAUCCCCACAGGCUUCAUCCCUCCAAAGGUCCCUGCUUUGGACAUGAUGUCCCGGGUUGUGUUCGACGCAAUCCCGCUAGCAGUCAUUAGCUUUGCUUUUACUGUCUCCCUAUCAGAGAUGUUUGCUAAAAAGCAUGGCUACUCGGUUAGACCCAACCAAGAGAUGAUAGCCAUUGGCUGUUGCAACAUCAUUCCCUCCUUCUUCCAUUGCUUCACCACCAGUGCAGCCCUGGCUAAAACCAUGGUUAAGGACUCCACAGGGUGCCAAACACAGGUGUCCAGUAUCGUGAGUGCCUUUGUGGUCCUCUUGGUCCUGCUUUUCUUUGCUCCGUUUUUCUAUGCCUUGCAGAAGUGCGUUCUGGCUUGCAUCAUCAUUGUGAGCCUGAGGGGCGCUCUUCGCAAAUUCAGGGAUGUGCCCCAGAUGUGGCGCCUCAGCAAAGCCGAUGCCGUGGUCUGGAUUGUGACCAUGGCCUCGACUGCUCUCAUAAGUGUAGAGCUGGGACUAGUUGUUGGGGUGAUGUUCUCCAUGAUGUGCGUCGUAGCGCAAACCCAAACUCCCAAAGUGUCUUUACUUGGUCAAGUCGAUAACUCCAGCCAUUAUGACGACACAGAGGAGUACCACAAUCUACAGACCAUCCCCAAGAUCAAGAUUUUUCGGUUUCAGUCACCUUUAUACUAUGCCAACAAGCACAUCUUUUUGAAGUCCUUGUACAAAGCCGUUGAACUCGAACCGUUCAUUGAAAUGACUCGGAGGAGGAAAGCAACGAAAAAAGCUAAACAGUUAGCGAAGAAAGCAGACCCAACUAAUGGCGAGGUUAGCAUAGGUCUCGUCCACAAUGACUUAGAAUUCCACACCAUCAUCUUAGAUGGUUCAUAUAUCCCCUUUAUUGACUCCACUGGGACGACCACAUUUAAAAAUGUGCAGAAAGACUAUAAAGAAGUUGGUGUCACUGUUCUCUUAGCCUGCUGCAAUACUUCCGUCAUAGACUCACUCAGGCGAGGAGCCUUUUUUGGGCCCGCUGACAAGGACAUGCCCAGCUUAUUGUUUCAUACAGUUCACAGUGCUGUGGUGUUUGCCAGUGACAUGCCGUCAGCAGCAGCAGCAGCAGCGGGCAAUACACCUGUAUAAAUAACCGGGAUCACUAGAGUCAACAUGUGGUUUCUUCAUUUUAUUGGAGAGGUUAAGGGAAAUACUGAUGCCAAUAUACAUGCGCAAUCUAUUUGUGAAUGGGAAAAUAUCACUUUACAUAAAUGACUUUAAAGAAUAAAAUAGCUUUAAUGACCAUACUUGACUCUAAAGGGAUAUUCUCAUGGUAUAUAAGUCAUCGUUUUAGAGCAUUGAUUUUUAAGAGACCAUAUGACUGAUACCCUUUUUUACUUCACUAAUUUUGUUUAUUUGUUUAAUCAUAUUUGUAACUUAAUAAACAUGCGUAUUUGUAUUAAUCA